GAGGCUCUUCCCACCAUUCUCCACACACACACACACACACACACACACCGCCGCAGAUCCUUCCCGUAUUUCUCCCUCCCGCCUCGCCCGAGGAGCGGACUCGAAAGGCAGCCGAGGAGGAAGGAGGGGGGUGGGGGUAGCAUGCGCCCCUGGAGCCGUUGCCGGGCGACCCCGCGGCAGCUCUUCCGCCUCCUCGCGCGCGGCUCCUCUCCUUCCGGCCGGCCGCGGCCUAGCGCCGUCGCCAUGGCAACCGAAGCCUCCGCCGGCCUGGACGAAGCGCUCCGCCUGGCCGUCCCGCCGCUCCCUCCUUACGAGACCCGCGAGAAGGCGGCGGCGCCGGCCGGGGCGGCGCUGGAAGAGCGGAGCGCCGAGUUCAUGCGCUUCUACCGGGCGCUGGGCGAAGGCGGCGGGCGUCGGGCCGAGCUGCUGAGGCGCCUGGCGGGGGACUUCGGCGUGGAGCACGGGCGGGUGGCGGAGGGCAGCGCGCGGGUGCUGCGGCUGCAGGAGGGCGAGCCGGGCCCGCUGCUCCAGGCCGAGGACCGGCUCCGCCACGCGCUCACCCCGCGCUACAGGGGCCUCUUCCAGCACCUGGCGCGGCAGGAGGGCGGGCUGCGCUUCCUGGUGGAGCUGCGCCGGGACCUGCUGGAGGCGCUGGCCGCCAGGGACGCCCCGGGGCCCCACGUCCGGGAAAUGAACGGAGUACUAAAGAAUAUGUUGUCAGAAUGGUUUUCCACUGGAUUCUUAACCUUGGAGCGAGUUACGUGGCAGUCUCCCUGCGAGAUUCUUCAGAAGAUUAGCGAUAGCGAAGCUGUGCAUCCUGUUCGAAAUUGGAUGGAUAUGAAGCGCCGCGUUGGAUCCUAUAGAAGGUGUUACUAUUUUGCCCACUGUGCAAUACCUGGAGAACCCCUGAUCGUUUUGCACGUCGCUCUUACUGAUGAAAUAUCCAGCAAUAUCCAGGCCAUAGUAAAAGAGCCUCCCACGCAAGAAGUAGAAGAUUUGGACAGAAUUACCACCGCAAUUUUCUACUCCAUCAGUUUGACUCAGCAGGGCCUGCAAGGCGUGGAGCUCGGCACGUAUCUCAUCAAGCGAGUGGUCAAAGAGCUGCAGGUUGAAUUUCCUCAGAUCCAAACUUUCUCCACCUUGUCUCCCAUCCCGGGGUUCACCAAAUGGCUCGUCGGGCUGCUAUGCUCACAAUCCAACGAACUGGGCAGGGGAAACCUUUUCACGGAUCCCGAGAUGCAAGAAAUUUCGGAGAUCACGGGAGCCCCCAUGGCUGAGAAACUGAAGCGCUUUUUCACGAACAACGGGUGGGUGAAAUCGGAAAAGCUGGCUCGGGUCUUACAGCAGCCCCUCAUGAGGCUUUGCGCCUGGUAUCUCUACGGAGAGAAGCACCGCGGCUAUGCCCUCAACCCAGUGGCCAACUUCCACCUUCAGAAUGGCGCGGUGCUAUGGCGCCUGAACUGGAUGGCAGACGCCAGUCCCCGUGGCUUGACGGCCUCGUGUGGCAUGAUGGCCAACUAUCGCUACUUCUUGGAGGACACGAUGGCCAACAGCGCCACCUACCUUGGAACGAAGCAAAUCAAAGCCUCAGAGCAGCUUCUGUCCUUGGUCUCCCAGUUUCAGCAGAACAGCAAACUUUAAAUAAUCUGAGCGAGCAAAGACUGUUCUAGCUAAACGGGAAUCUUGACUUGGUCCUGCUCAGGAAGAAGCGGGCUGGUGAUGAGCCAGUAUGUUCUCUUCUGGAUCUCAUCAGGCUCUGCGGUUGGGUUGUCCUGGGUUCUCGAUGCCUUGUGUCGCCAGAGAAGAAGACCCACAGGGUUUCUUGUGGUGCUUCCAGCAGGCUGAAUCUCAAGCUUUGUUGACCUCACCCUUAGAUAAGUGGUGGCAAUUUGUUGGUGGUUUCUGUGAAGUGUGGGUUUUCCCUUGUUCUCAGUAGAUCAAUAGUCUUGUUUAAUCUGCAUCUUUGACAGCACUAUUGAACCACUGAAUGCUCUUGGACGUUAAAGGGAUCAAUAUCAGAGUUACUAAAAAAGGGACAAGCAAGGAAAACAUUUUUGCCCAAGUGGGAAAACAAAACAGCAUGUUUAUAACACUUCUUCAAGAACUUUUUUUCCCCUUUCUCUGCUGUGCUGAAUUCCUGGAUCAGGUCAGCUCAAUGGUCUAGGGUAUCCUUGAACAGGGGGCUGGAUUAGAUGACCUCCAAGAUCCCUUCCAACUCUGUUAUUCUAUUAUAUUCCAUCUCGAGGGCUUUGGGGGCAACAUUUGCAUGGAAAUGAGGCAUUUGCUGCUAUGAAACGGUUUACAAACGAUAACGAUUCAGCCAUACAUGGUUUGUUGCAGAAGUUUCAGAAACGUAGUAUUUAAAAACAUAUCAGAUUAAGGAAACAAGAAACAUAUGCUAUUAAAACAGUGGGGAAAUCCAGUUUUUUUUUAUUACCGGUUCUGUGGGCGUGCCUUGGUGGGCGUGGUGUGCCUUGGUCAGCAUGGCAGGGUACUGUAAAAUCUCCAUUCCCUCACUACUCCAGGGGAAGGAUACUGCAAAAUCCCUAUUCCCUCCCCACUCCUGGGGGAAGGACAUUACAAAAUCUCCAUUCCCACCCCACUCUGGGGUCAGCCAGAGGAGGUAUUUGCCGGUUCUCGGAACUGCUCAAAACUUCCGCUACCGGUUCUCCAGAACCUGUCAGAACCUGCUGGAUUUCACCCCUGCAUUAAAACCUAAGGUUUACCAUGUCACAGAACCCUUGCCUGUGGUAUAAUUAUUGGACAGCUUUGUGCCUUAACAUUUUUAGGAAAAGCAGCCAAUUCUCUUAGAUGGAUUAUCACUGCUGUGGAUUACGGAUGACCAAGUGGUUUGCUGAGAUUAGGUUCAAAGUGAAGAGAAUUUGCUAUCUUUCCCCUUGAUGUGUAUGCACCAGCGUUUUAACUUAGGAAAUUGAGGGUGUUCCUGAGUUAAUUUGCUUAAAUUCUGGGGGGGUUUCUCUAGUUCAGGGGUGUCAAACUUGCACGGUCAUGUGACAUAUCACAACUAUUUCCCCUUUUGCUAAACGGUGUGGGCGUGGCCAGUGCAUGAGUCAUCCGGCCGGCAGACUGCAAGUUUGACACCCGUGCUCUAGUUCUUUUCAGGAAUAAUGGCAAAUUGGAUUUAUGAAGUUAAACCAGGAGACACUGUAACAUUCAUCAGCGGACACAGAAUCACGCCAGAGACUGGCAAUGUCCUAAUUAAAAUUGCAUGAACCUACCUGUUGGGGAUCGAAAGCAUAGUUGAGCAGAAGCGUUAAAAGGGAAUUAAUAAAUGAGCUUUGAUGCUCAACUCGGGGUGGGAUCUUGAAAAAGCUGCCAAAAGACAGCACAGCAUCUGGUAGUUUGUCGGGGCAGGAAAAAUCAAAACUGAAAAGGGAAACCCAGGAUGAAGUUCCAGAACAGGACUGGGACAAUUUGCAGCCUCGUCUUCCUUAUUCAUAGAUAGAAUAGUCUGAAAUUGAAUAACCGAAGGAACAGAAUGCGCAAAAUUUAUAUUUAACUGUUGGUAUUAAUGAUAAUUUAUAAUAUUUAUCUGGGUUGCAGCCCUGUUUUCUUGUUCAUAGAUAGAAAUUGAAGAACCAAAGGACUAGAAUGUGCAAAGUUUAUAUUUCACGGUUGGUAUUAAUGACAAUUUAUAAUGUUUAGUUGGGUUGGUGUCUCAGCUGAUUACUGAACUGGCAUAAUAACAUCCUAAGUGCCUCCCCCCCCCUCUGAGAUUAGAAGAAAUGUCUGGUAAAAACAGAAUAAACAGUGUCAGAAUAAAACUCUCGAGUUUUUCCUUUUGAUUUUCUCCAUUACCUGCCGCACACCAACAUCAGAAUAGCUUCCCUGCAGAUAAUAGACAUAAUUUUCCACUCACCUCGGAAAAUUAGGUCUAAAUUUAUGUACUCUUGUUUUUGGCUAAAAAUGCCUGGUCUCAGAAAUAAAUUUUGUUGUGCAACAGAGUAAGUGAUCCCACUGAGCCUUUUGAUUUGGCUUCCUUCAAAUCACCACACGCAUCUUGAGUGCAUUUGCUUAAUGACCUCUUAGGUACCAUACGUCUUUAUAAUGUGGCGGCGGCUGAACUGAAUUCCUUGCCCUUUUUGUAAAAUGAAGAGUUUCUUCAGAAGGUCUAGAGCAGUGUUUCUCAACCUUGGAAGCUUGAAGAUGGGUGGACUUCAACUCCCAGAAUCCCCCAGCCAGCGCUCUGCCGAGUGAUUAAGCUACAAAAUUAAGGAUACAGAACUCCAAAAAGCAAUACCUGUAAUCAGAAAGGCUUUGGGCCAUCUAGUUAAGAGUUUCAAAAAUUAUUACAGGCUUUAAAAGUGAAGUCCUGAAGUGUUUUUCCCCCCCUGUACAAUAGGAAUACUCAUUACUUGUAUCAUUACUAGAGUAGCAUCUCUCCAGGAGCAAUAAAACUUAAAACGUGCUUAUGUGGAACAAUAUAACACCACAAUAAACCAUCACACUUGUGCCAUAACGGAAAGUGGGUCAUAUCAUGUGUGGACUUCAAUUCCCAGAAUUCCCCAGCCAGCAUGGGGAUGAGAUGGAUGGAUGGAUAGAUGAUAGCUAGCUGAUAGAUAGAUAGCCGAUGGAUGGAUGGAUGGAUGGAUGGAUGGAUGGAUGGAUAGAUAGAUAGAUAGAUAGCCGAUAUAUAGAUGGAUGGAUGGGUGGAUAGAUAGAUGAUAGCUAGCUAGCUAGCUGAUAGAUAAAUAGCCGAUGGAUGGAUGGAUGGAUGGAUGGAUAGAUAGAUAGCCAAUAGAUAGCUGAUAUAUAGAUGGAUGGAUGGGUGUAUAGAUAGAUGAUAGCUAGCUAGCAGACAGAUAGAGAAAAAGAAUAGGCAGGUCUGAUGGAUCAUAGUACUUUCUGAUUUUUGGGAGCUACUUCAAGCUACUCAAAUCACCUUUAGGCCCACAUAUAACAGAAGGUAGAUAGCAACAAUAAACCCGAAAUUGGUCUCCUUGGAAACCCAGUAAAAUCUUUCUUGAUCAAAAGAUUCGUCAAGAUUUCUUGACCUUUUCGCAUCAUCCAGUUCCAGAAACUUGUGCGUCUGGGAAGAAUUUAGCACCCAUCACUUUUAAUGCUAAAACAGCCACUUUGCUCUUGUUUAAUUUCAUUACGUUGGAAGCUCUCAAUCACUAAAAGAGGACUCUAGAAAUGCUUAAAUGAACCUUAACGGUGGUUUGAAUGUGGGAAGAGAGCAUUAAAAGCGACCCCGGGCUCUUCUCACCUUCCAAUUAGCAACCGAAAAAGGACAUUUUGAAAAGUGUUAAAAAUAAUAAUAACGGUCAGCUGUCUGAACGGAGAUAUCUAAAUAUGCAUUUAAUUAGGCAUUGUGAACCAAGGUGAUAAAAGGAAACAUUAGUUUUCAAUUUUUGUGGUUCGACUCUGUUUCCCUUGCCGGCUGAAAGGGAGAAACGGGGGAAAUUGUAUGGGUGUUUACCUACAUAUUAGUUCUACUGUGUGAGUUGAAUGGGACAUGCUUUUGAGAGCAGGUGAGAGCAGUUUUACAUGUUGAGGUUUAAGGGUGCAAUUAAGUAAGGAGUCCAGCCCCAUUAAGUUCAAGUCGAGAGGUGCUCCUGGAUAAAUGCCGAAGGUUGGUUGGUUUCCAAACAUCCAGAGAGCUGUAUUGUUCAAUUGGGGAUGGAAAAAUGCUUUCUUUGCACAUAGUUACAUUUGGGGAUUUGGGCGGGGGAGAGGAGGGUCCGCAGUCCUUUGGUAAGCUCCCUCAUAUACUUCUACAAACCUUGCUGGGGUCAAAAAUGGGUAGUGGGAUUGUGUCAAGUGGGGUCCUUGGUGCUCUCUGAGCUUGGUGGUUUUCUUGCAGACAUUUCCUUACCACACUAGGUAACAUCAUCAGGGCUAAAAAGGAUACUGCUUCUUGUCCUGCCCUCUGGUGCUUUGGAGCAUCAGAACAUAAAAUACGGUAAAGUAAGGAAGUCAAACCGAGAUUUAUGGAAUCAUUGAUCACGUAGGCACAUGGGGACUAUAUUUUGUGAACCGCACAUCUCACUUUAAUAGAUCUGUAGAUUUGAUGGAUCCAUGGAUCCAUAUAAAACAUGUCUUUGGGCGACCGUUUUUAAUCAAAAGAGCUGCUAUCAGACUCCUGAUUUUGGGCUACCAUACCCUAACCCAACUCUCCUACAACUAUCCCAGGACUUGACGGGUGGAUAAAAAUGCCAAAUCCAGUCUGGCUGAUUGUGCCCCGAACCAGGUAGUCCUUGACUUACAACAGUUUGUUCAAAGUUACAGCGACACUGAAAAGAAGUGACUUUUGACCAUUUUUCACACUUACGUUGCAGCAUCCCCAGGGUUGCGUGAUCAAACUUUGGACACUUGGUAACCAACUCGCAUUUAUGACCGCCACAGUGUCCUGGGGUCAAGUGAUCCCCUUUUGUGACCUGACCAGCAAAGUCCGUGGGGAAGCCGGAUUCACUUAACAACGGUGUCAAUAACUGAACAACUGCAGUGAUUCACUUAAUACCUGUGGCAAGAAAGGUGGUAAAAUGGGGCAAAAGUCCCUUAACAGAUGUCUCGCUUAGCACCAGAAAUGUUGGUCUCAAUUGUACGUCGUAUGUCGAGGACUCCCUGUACUAAUAUUCAGCUUUUCUUCCCGUCGGGCUUUUAGAGAGAGCAUCCAUGCCUUUACUCAAACAGUGGCCUUCUUCGUACCUUCUUCGGUCUUUGAUUCGGUAGUUUACCUCCUCUGCACCUAAUUCAGCAUUUUGGGGAUGAGAGAAAUGAGAAGCAGAGCUUCCUGGGAAAGGUUAAUGCCUUCCUAAGCUCUUUCCCAAUAAACCGAAAAACAACCCCUUGCAAUUUGCUGUUUUGCUCCAUUAAUAAAAUUAACCGUAGCAGGAGAGUCAACAGCAGCAGCAAAAACAACAAAAAAAGAUCCCUUAAGCUGGGGAAUUUAUGAAGUCCUCAUUUUCCUCUUAUAGCUGAUUUUGUUUCCAUAUUUUUCGGGCCGAUCAGCAUAUGUUUGAAGCUUGUAUCUCCUUCCCACCCCCCUCUUCCUUCCCUAUUUGUUUGGGCUUUAAUUUGUACCUUGUGAGUAAAAUAAAAAGUAUUUUCUGA